GUUCUCAGCUCGUACCGUAAAUACGAAUACUCCACAUGGCUCCCAAACGGGCAACGAUCUUUGCCGUGCUCUUCGGUCUCUAUCUGGUAGCGAGCGGUGCUAGGCUGGACUCACGGCAUAUACGUCCCAGAUUCAGUGCCGAUCCGGGUCGGAUUGUCAAUGGCACCGUGGCCAAUAUGGAGGCCACCAGGCAUCAGGUCAGUCUCCGGCGUCGCCUCAACGAUGGCUACUUCUUCGGCACGGGCCACAUUUGCGGCGGCUCCCUGAUCAGGCCAAAUGUGGUUCUCAGCGCGGCUCAUUGCUUUGUGGAUCAGGUAAUCUACGAUGGCCGCUUUUUGCCCAAGGAGGACUUUAUUGUGGUUAUGGGCAAUUUGGAUCGCUUCGAGACGGCAAACACUCUAACCUUUGACAUUGAUCAGCUCAUCCUGCAGCUGGACAUCUUUGAUCUGACCACAUAUAACAAGGAUAUUGCCCUGCUUAUUCUCAGUGGCUCAGUGCCCGCCAAUCAUCCCACCAUACGUCCCAUUGCACUGAGCUCCCUGGCCGUACCUGCGGAAACCGUCUGCCAGGUAACUGGCUGGGGCACCACCGAGGAGGGCUACGGCUCCGAUGUACUCAUGACCCUGGAUGUGCCCAUGCUCAGCGAUGCGCAGUGCAUCAACGACAGUGGAUUGGGUCAUUUAAUACUGCCCGGGAUGAUCUGUGCCGGGUACAUGGAGGGUGAGCGCGAUGCCUGCAAUGGCGAUUCCGGCGGACCGCUCGUCUGCCAGAGCCAGCUGGCGGGCGUUGUCUCCUGGGGCAUUGGCUGCGCUCAGCCUGACCUGCCAGGUGUUUACACCGAGGUGUCCUACUACUACGAGUGGAUAAUCGAGCAAAUCUCCGAGGCAAAUGGUGGAGAUGGCAGCGGCGAGGGCAGCGGAGAGGGCAGCGGAGAGGGCAGCGGAGAGGGCAGUGGAGAGACCACCACGGAGGGCAGCACAGAGACCACCACGGAGAGCAGCCCAGAGGGCGGCGACGAUGGCGUCGCUAUAAUCACAGUUACCUAUGCUCUGAGUGUGGCGGUGCCCGUGCUGCUUGGCCUGAGCCACUUUUCUUAACUGUAAAAUAACGAUACGCUAAAAUUCUGUUUUGUUUUUUUGUCAAUAUAUAAACUUUAAGGCUAAGAUGAAUGACCAGAUGUUAUUAGGUCAUCAAGAACUGCUUCCCAAAACCAACAAGGAAGCCACACAUGUGAUUGGGCCAUAGCAUAGCAUUGUAAUUGAGAAAGGUAAAGAAAGAUACUUUUGGUCCUGACCUCUAUAAGGGUUAUCCAAAGUUUUCAGUUAGAUCUUUGGAUCAAGAUAGCCUUGGAUGCAUCUAUGAAAG